CUCCGUGGCCUGUGUGCGGUGCGACCCGCACACAGGCCCCGUGAACUGGUGAUGUGCGCUCGCUCGCUCUGCCGGCCGGCGUCCCCCGCCGCGGGAGGCGGGGCUCGCCGCUGUUAUACCCGGCGCGGCGGCGCGCGCUCAGAGCCGGCGUGUGACCUUCACCGGCGCCGCCCUGUGACGGUGGCGCCGCGCCCGGUGGCGUGCCGAACUACGCCGGUAAACAGCGCGUCCGCCGGUCCGCCGGGCACGCCGCGCCGCGCCGCGCCGCAGUUCGGUGACCGUGGCUGGCCGAGGCCGUGUGUAGCGUGCAGUGACGGAGAGACGGAGACUGCCGGAGCGGCUCACUGCCACACCGGUGUCUGAGGACUGAGCCACCGCGGCCAUCUGUGCCGAGUGCAGCGCCACGUGGCGCGAGACAGCCGCGGAGAGGGUUACCGGAGCGACUGAGUGAGCGACCGGAGCGGCGUCCGCGCGCCAGCCAUGGCCGAGGGCGGCAGUCAGGAGCUGCCGCUGCGCAAGUCAAUCUCUGAGCACGGCUCGGAGCCGACGGUGGACCUGGUCACCGGCCGGCCGACCAACCCGGACCGACCCAAGCCGCGCGUGCUCGGCAGGGACGACGAGAACCCGCCGCCGGACGGCUGCUGCACCGCCUUCCUCACGUUCAUCUCUUGGCUGCUGGUCAUCUGCUUCUUCCCACUGUCGCUCUGCUUCACCAUCAAGGUGGUGCAGGAGUACGAGCGGGCCAUCAUCUUCCGGCUGGGCCGGCUGGCGCCCGGCGGCGCGCAGGGACCCGGACUGUUCUUCAUCCUGCCCUGCCUCGACACCUUCCGCUGUGUGGACCUCAGAGUUGUCUCGUUCGAUGUCGCUCCCCAGGAGAUUCUGACCAAGGACCUGGUGACCAUAUCUGUCGAUGCCGUCGUCUACUAUAGAAUCUUCGAGCCGACGGUGUCUGUCACAAACGUCGAAAACAGCGGCUCUUCGACGCGACUGUUGGCCGCUACAACGCUUCGUACUGUGCUGGGCCAGUACAACCUGUCCGACAUUCUCUCCCAGCGCGAGACCAUCGCCCACCUGAUGCAGAGCACCCUGGACGAGGCUACCGACGCCUGGGGCGUCAAGGUCGAGCGUGUCGAGGUCAAGGACGUGCGGCUGCCAAUGGAGCUGCAGCGCGCCAUGGCCGCCGAGGCCGAGGCCAGCCGAGAGGCCAAGGCCAAGGUGAUCGCCGCCGAGGGCGAGAUGAAGGCCUCCCGCGCCCUCAAGGAGGCCGCCGACGUCAUGGCCGAGAGCCCGAACGCCCUCCAGCUGCGCUACCUGCAGACGCUCAACUCCAUUUCGGCAGAGAAGAACACCACCAUCAUCUUCCCCGUGCCCAUCGACAUCAUCGGAGGACUGAUGAAGAAGUAGUCGGAGCUUCCUGAACAUGCCGGAAGUGUCCGCGGAUUACAGACCCAGCAGCGGACUGCUGCUUCACGAGGACACUUCAGAGGCCGAUCUGACGCCGAAAGUCAGUUGGAUCAUGUCCUGGGACAGCCGGCUGAUGACCUGUUACAGCCGACUCAUGACGUGGUAGAGCCGGCUCAUGACCUGAAACAGCAGGAUCGUGACCUGGGUCAGAGGGAUCAUGACCUGGAACAGAAAGUUUUCUGUUUGGACUUAUCAGAGCCGAUCGUUUCGUAAUAACGGCUGAAAACGAAAAGAAGAUAACUGAUGUGCCCACUGUCGUGGCGCUUGAAGUGAGCAUAGACGGACGCACGGACGCAUGGACAAGGAUCCGCUGAUGCCGGAGGUGAAAACGCAGGUAGCGGACGAGAGAGUUGGACCGUUACCGAGUUCGGCCUUCUCGGCUCCGCUGACUGCGGGCGAUUUUGUGCAGUGGUGUCAGCAGUGCUGACUCGUGUGCACUGCACCGAUACGAUCUGAGUGGAGUUUUCUCCAUCUGAUGACAGGGUCGUGUGCGCGUCCACUGCGAUCUGAGUUCGGGUCGCCAGCUUCUUUUCCCGAUUGGCCAGCAAAUAGCUCUUCUGAUUGUGCGGAAGCUUGUUACGCGUAGGUAUAGAGACUGGAGCUCACUGUGGCUCUCAUUUGGUGUUUGAUUUCUGAGCGCUUUUAAGGUGCACUAGCUGUAGAUCACUGGUUACAAGUGGCCUUGUCAGGUGCCUAUGAAAUGUGAAUGAAAAUAUUGGUUUUGGACUUAUGGUUCUUUGAUAUAAAUUCGAGCAGGCUUCAAUGAGCUGCAGCUAUAUUUGAGCUCAAUCACUUCAGCUUUGCGUUGGUAUUAUGGAAAGCUGCACCAUCCACCAUAUUUUAGUUUGUUCGUUAUCCUGCUAGGACAUAUUCAGGUCCACCAUAUACUUUUAUGAAGGAUAUGCCGUGUUGGACGUGCUUUCGUUGCAUGCAUGCCUGUGGUCAACCGCUAGUUAACCAAUAUCGCUGCCUUCUGCGUGUACAAUGCCUAAUAUCAUUGAGCCGAGAUAUAUUCGUCACAUCGCACAAUCAUUUUUUUUUUUUGUGUUACCGUCACCUGACCUCUCCGUCGCACCUGCUUGUUUAACUGUUUUGUAUGCUUCGCUUACGGCACUACUAUUUUCUGUAAGAAAAUACACGUGAAGUGACG